ACAUAAACCUUUAGUUGAAACAGUUAUUGAGACCAUAAUUUCUUCCCUUUUUUUUUAUAAAGAAAUUUUUGAAGAUGAGAGUUGCAGUGAUUGGAGGUGGGAUUUGUGGGUUGGUUUCCGCUUUUGUUCUUACAAAAGCCGGUGUCAGUGUUGUCCUGUACGAGAAGGAAGAUUGCUUGGGCGGUCAUGCUAAGACUCUGAAUUUCGAUGCUGUUGAUUUGGACCUCGAUUUCAUGUUCUUUAACCCCUCAGCAUGUCCUAAUAUGAUGGAGUUGUUUGAGAGUCUCGGGGUGGAUAUGGAGACAUCUGAGAUGUCAUUUUCAGUGAGCCUGGAUAAGGGACAGGGUUGUGAAUGGGGCAGCAAGAAUGGCCUGUACAGCUUGUUUGCUCAGAAAACCAACCUCCUUAAUCCCUACUUUUGGCAGAUGCUUAGAGAAAUUAUCAAGUUCAAGGAUGAUGUCCUCAGGUUAUGACCCGUUCCCUUCUUCUAUUUUUUUUUAAAAAAAAAAAAAAAACAAGUAACAACAAUCUUUUAUACUUAAUAAAUAAUAGCAGUUAUA